AUGCAGAACACAACAGCAUCUGCUAACUCCUCCCUGUCUCUCACCGACGGCCUUCCAUUCCGUGCCCUCCUGUCUAUGACCCCCUGUUUCCUCUUCCUGUAUCUCAAUGUAGUCAUGAUGUUCACUCUGAGGUCUAAAGAGAUAUUCUGUGAAACCCCUCGGUACAUACUGUUUGGUGGCCUACUCUUGUCUGACUCUCUACAGUUGUUCUUUACCAGUGUGUUCUACAUUUUGUAUAGCAGCACGUUUGACGAGGCAACUUUAAACAUAGUGAGUUAUGUGUGCUUUUUGCUUUACAUUAUCACCCGAGUCACAAAUAACCUCCUCUCCCCUGUGUUUCUGGCUCUUAUGUCUCUGGAGCGCUAUGUGGCCAUAUGUCACCCUCUUCGACACGCAGCGAUAGUCAACAGGAGCAGAACUACAGUGAUAGUGGCGGUUGUGUGGUUCAUGGGCCUGAUCAACUGCACAGCUGACUUGACCCACAGCUUGGUUCAGACUCCAGCCAGUUCCUGUUCAGACGUGGCCAUUUCCCAAACACAAUUGUCCUAUGUCAUAAACCAAGUUUUUUCAGGCACUGUGUUUGCGGCGGUGAGUGUUGUCGUUGUCUACACAUAUAUUAGUGUUUCAGUGACGGCCAGGUCUGCAACCUCUGACAAGACGUCCCUCAGUAAGGCUCGCAAAACAGUUCUGCUCCACAUGAUCCAGCUGGGCCUGUAUCUCGUAUCGCUGCUGUUCGGUCCCUUCCGUAGGGCCCUGGCUAUGAGCGGCCUGAAUCCAGUGACCCUUGAGCUGAUAGCAUACGCUUUGUUUAUAUGCCUGAACAUCCUGCCCAGGUGCCUCAGCCCACUGAUCUACGGCGUGAGAGACAAGACCUUCAGUGCCUUUUUUAAGUACAAUUUUCUAUUCUGCGUCAAAAAUAAAGUGCAGCCAACAGUUUGCGACAUUUAG